UUGAUCAAAUUAACAGCGAGUCCCUUGUGACUUGGAUCUUGGUUUCCUUCUCCUCCUAACUAAACUGCAGGUAGAUGAUGAAAACUAAUGAGCUGAAGAAAUGGAUGGUGGUGAGCUUGGUAGCGGCGGCGGUAAUCCUACGCAACGCAGCAGUUGCGGCGGAGCCACAAGUGCCAUGUCUCUUCAUAUUUGGCGACUCAUUGAUAGACCCUGGUAACAACAACGACUUGUCGACCAUCGCCAGGGUUAAUUUCCGGCCCUACGGCAUCGAUUUUCCGUUGGGGCCGACGGGGCGAUUUUCCAACGGAAAAACGGUGGCGGAUGUCGUCGCUAAACUUCUAGGGUUUAAGGAUUACAUUCCCUCGUAUUCGAAAGCUCGUGGCAAGCAAAUACUAAGAGGAGUCAACUAUGCAUCUGCUGCUGCCGGAAUCAGACCAGAAACCGGCCGCCAUUGGGGAGAUCGGGUUUCUUUCGACAAGCAACUGAGAAACUUCAACCACACCUUCGCACAACUCGCGGCCAUACUCGGCGGCCGACGCGCCGCCACAGAUUACUUGGGCAAGUGCAUAUUUAUAUCCGCAUUAGGCAACAACGAGUUCCUCAACAACUACUUCUUGACUCCACUUUACAACACCAGUAGAGUCUACACACUCCAACAAUACAUCCCUAUUGUCCUCAAACAAUAUACCCAGCAACUCAAGGUUCUGUACACCUUCGGCGCUCGGAAAAUCGCUCUAAUCGGAACAGCGCCGUUGGGCUGCAUCCCGAUCAGUGUAGUGACCAAUAGCCUCGAUGGCUUUUCAUGUGUGGAAAGCAACAACCGAGCAAGCCGAAUGUUCAACAAACAGCUCAGAGCAAGGAUUGAUGUUUUCAACACCAUGUUUGCUGCUGCACAAUUUAUCUACCUCGACGGUUACAAUCCUAUCAACGAAGUGUACAACAACGCCCAAGCUUAUGGUUUUAAAGUGAGGACCAGGGCGUGCUGUGGGUCUUCGAUAAUAUGUCUCCCUAACGACGUCGUAUGCCCAAACAGAAGUGAAUACGUGUUUUGGGAUUUCGCACAUCCCACAGAAGCUGCUUCCUUGCUGUUGGGAAGAAGAGCAUACCAAUCUCAGAAGCCAUCAGAUGCUUAUCCCUUUGAUCUUCGCCGCUUGGCCCAACUUUGAAGAAGACGACGAUCCAAUGGGAUAUAACUCUUUCAUCAAUAAUAUUAAUUCACCCAUGCCAUGAUUUAUUACUCAAUAAAAUUAAUAUUACUUGACUGAAACCCAAAUUCUUAAAAUCGGAAGUCAUGGGAAAAAGUAGGGAGAUUUUUUGCCAGCAAAAAACGUGCAAGCAUUUCAUCAUACGGUUGGGAUGCAACAUAACAUAACUUCAUUACUAUUAUUUUAUUGCCACAAUGCCAAAUUAUUGAGGCAAAUUAUUGAGGUUUGGUUUGUGGUUGCGAGUUGGGAGACCGGAGAUUCUUAGGGAAGAUAGUUAGGCCGGAGUUCCCGAAGUUUUUCCACUCCCUUCUGGCUUUAUGUUUUUGGCUUCUUUUUGCACGUUGGGGUUUUUGUUUUUGA